AUGCCGUCGUCCGGGACAAUUAAAAGUCUUUUAAAACUUUAUGACAGAAACCAUUCGCAGGAAAUUGCACUUAACGAAGCAAUACUCUGCUGUCACGUUCAAGAAAUGCACCGAGAGAUUCUUUAUUUCAUGUCGUUUAAAGACAUUAAUGAAACAGUUUUUCAAAUUAUAAAUGCUUUAUUACUGAAAGAUGAUUUUUCUUCUUUAUACUUUCAAUUUAUUCCUACGUAUGAUGCGUCGUGUAUUUCGGAAAAAUCAAAAUCGGAAAUUCAUUUUAUCGCCAAAAUGUUCUGCAAACACAAAUCGAGUCUGAGAACAACAGCAAUCAUGCCAAUUGCAAUUUUCUCGUAUACAAAAAAACCACAUCAAUAA